AUGGCCACGAACUGUGUAGACCCCGUGAAUCAAGCCUUGAUACAAUCGGUGUCUUUUUCGGCCAUGCUGGCCAAUCUAGUUUUACUUUGGUUGAUACGAAAUCACACGCCGAACCCGAUGAGUAGCUACAAAAAAGUUUUGUACACCUCAUCCGUCAUCGAUCUGCUCUCUUCGCUCUCGCAUUUCAGUAUAAUUCUGGUGAGUUUCGGGGGUUUGGACGGACUUGGCGUGCGAGGGAUGCGGCAGCUGGGCCAAUGUGUGCGUAUGGGUCUGUCGGGAUAAUAAUGUGGAUUUGUCGGAGAAAGUCGCGCUAUUUCCAGCUUCAACUAGUUCUUUCGGCGGCGUCGCGAAGUGCGCUCGUUGAAACGUGCAUGUUGCCCUACUCCUUUAUUUUACAAGGAAAGUACAUACUUCUAUGGGGUAUGGAGUUACAGGUCGAGAUAUAUAUCAAAAAAUUCGCAAAACUUUUCUGAUUCAGAAUAUAGUAUACAGGGUGUUCAGAGAAUUAUGGAAAAAACUAUUCAUUAAUAACUUUGCGCUCGGUGGUCCAAUCCGAAAAAAAUUUUUUGCAUUUUACAGAAAAACCUUGGAGUUUUUAGAAUCUAAAAAAAAAAUUUUCUUUUGUCGGCGGAGACUUCCGUAAUCCGCGUUGAAUUCGGCGGAGUGUUUUUUCACAAAAUAAGGCUGUAAAUCGUUGUAUGUGUAAAGAAAAUGGGUGGAAAAGGAUCCAGAAGAUACAAUAUGACAUUUCUUUCAAAUUUCUAUGCUUCGGCGGAGACAUUUUUUAACCUCGGCGGACGAUUGUUCUUCGACUCCGGAUAGUCAAAAUUGGCUAAAACCAAAGAGUGUGGUAUUUGAAAGGAAUGUCAUAUUGUAUCUUCUGGAUCCUUUUCCCUUCCGGGAUGCAAAAUGGGACGUUUUUUGCCAUUGGAUCAGGUCCCUCACUGUAAAAAAUUUGCUGCCUAAUUUUGGUGACAUGUUUUUGUCCUCCGAAGUUUUCUCGCGACACCAUGCAAGUGUCUUUUUGACCGUGUUUUUAUCAAUAAAAAAAACUUUGUUUUGUGCUAACUAAAUCCAUUAGAAAGCUUUCUCAUGCCUUCUUAUUUUCAGCGCACCGAAAUGGAAAAUGGAAUCACCGUCAACAGCUUCGACGGGUUUCUGCCCCGACUCCUCCACAAAAUGGGCCUUGUGGACGAUGCAAACUUGGCAUAUCUUGUGUUGGUCGAACUCGCCUUUGAAUACAUCAUGUUAGGCUUUUGUUUUGUGCCCUUCACUUACCGCUACUUUCAUAUGGUGUGGAAAUUCCGGUUUACAAAUGCAACAUUUGCCUUACUGGUGUUGUUUUAUGUAAUCCCAAUCGACCUUUUCGCAUUUAUCGUUGCGUACUUGGCCGGGAAUACGUACCCCCACAUGACGCAAUUGGUAUCUCCGGCUGAUCCGAAUUGCGUGAAGCGUAUGCCGUACUAUGAUUACAAGAGUUAUCCGGUGGAGGUAAGAUACAAUAAAAAACGAGAGAAAGGGCACGUCAAGAAAAAUAAAGCAAAAGCGCUCAAGCAAUGAAAAAUUCUUGGCAUUCUGUUUCAGCGGAAGAAUAAUUUUUUGCUCCAAAGAUAACAUGAUUACACCAUGAAGAUGGGGUAGAAUAGGGUUAUUGCAUACAUAAACUUGAAGCUGGACUCCCGCUUAACCUGAACACACAUAUUUCAUAUAAAAAAGUCGGUCGUCUUCUAUCUGUUUGAAGCCUUAACUAACAACGCCUAAAAAAUGUUGCGAUUUCGAGAUUUCGAGGAUUUCUCAAAGAUUUUCCCUCGCCCCUAUUUGAAGUUUCGUGGAAACAUAGUCUGGAACAAGGCGGAUUUUUUGAGCCCAAAAUGAAAAAAAAUCAAAUGAGCCAGCUUCGAGAUAGAAAGUCACUUCAUUUUGCGCAAUUUCCUCUGACCUCGUCCAAAAAAACCGUCAUUAAGACGGAUUUUUUGGACACCUGCAUAAGCGGAAACAGAAUGCCAACUUUCGUGUUGGAAAAAACCCUUUGAGCGCAAAAUCUUGACGUGAAGGGCUUGAAGUUAUUUUCGUUUUUUACUUUUAUUUUUAGCCCUACUUGACCAUUUGGUCCUUCGUCAGAAUCCCCAUACUCUGGCUAAACGUGGCUCCAUUACUACAAAUCUUUUUUAUCUGGCGGAUCUACAAAUACUUGAACAAAGAUAUGCGAAAAUCCGAUUCCUACCUCAUGAUGCAACGGCAAAUCACUUGGACGUUGACGGGCCAAUCCGUAACGCCCUUAAUCCUCAUCACCGUUCCACAAUUCUUGCUGGGCUUUAUCUACGAUUCCGGCGUCAACACGGACUUGUUUUUUCGCACUGCGGGUGGGGUCAAGCGUUUCUCAUGGGGUGGUCAAGUCUUCCCUCUUAAUAUUGUUUUUCACUGAAUUUCAGUCAGUUGUAUCGAACCUUAAAUUACGAUUUUUGAGUCAACGAAGUAGUCUUUAGUUAAGCAUGACAUUUCAGGAGAUUUUUGUGUUAAUGCGACUGUAUUUGUUCUGAAAACUCUGAAAACCCAUUGGCAAAACAGUUUCACUUACUUCAGCCAUUAACACAAAAAAAAACAUACAAGUCGAUUAACCUCCGAUGUAACUGUUUGGAUUGAGUACGGAAAGGUCCAGGGGUGGCCACCGGGCCGGGCCUGACAAAUUUUGAACCGGGCCGGGCCUGCUUUUUACCGUGGCUCAGGCCCGCGGCCCGGGUUUUGUCGAAAUGCCAAGCGUUUCGCAUUCAAUGUUUUCGCGUCGGAAAAAUUUUUGGAUAGGUUUGUAUUUUUAGUAUAUCAAGUUCUACAAUAGUUUAUUACUUUAUAGUACUUUUUUGCAUAUAUGUUAUAAUAUAAGGUCCAAAUUAGAACAUAUAAUACAUAUAGGAUAGUUCUUAGCAGAUUUUAGCACUACAGGGAAUAAGAUCAAAGGAAAAUUUCCAGCUCGCGCCCUAACCGGGCUUUUACCGGGCCGGUCCGGGCCUGAUUACUACCGGGCCGGGCCAGGCCUGAAAAAUUUUGAACCGGGCCGGGCCUGGGAUUUUGCCGGGCCGGCCCGGAGCCUGAAAUUUGGAAAAAGAGGCCCGUUUGCCACCCCUGGAAAGGUCCGCUAAAAAAAGGAAAGGGAGGGCGGGGAGGGAGGGGGGAGGUUUUCGAUGGCGCUGAUUUCGAAUAUCGCAUCCAUUUUUUCUGAAUUUUACAAUUUUGCUUAAGCAGUAGUGUCUUAUGUGUGGUUGUAAACCUCAAUACCAUUAAUUAAGGGGAGGGGGGAAGACUUGACCAACCCAUGAGGAAAACUUGACCCGAUUUGCAGUGCUUCGCGUUCUUAACACUUCCUUGGCCAUGGUUCCGCUGACCAAUUCGCUGUCGACAAUUUUGAUGAUCAAGAGUUACCGGACUACUGUAAUGCACGCGAUAUUAAGACGUGUUGGUGUGAAGCAAAGAGACUCCAUGUGGUUGAGAACGGGCUCGGAUCUGCAGUCAGUUAGUGGGAGCGUGCGAUAAUUAUGGCAGUCGACCCGGCAAUGUGGGCGAAGCAGCAUCGAAUGUAAGGCUUUAGAAAUUGUUGCGGAGAAGCCUGAAAAAACGAAAGUUGGCAUUCCGUGUCCAAAAAAUUCGUUUCAAUGACGGGUUUUUGGAUGGUUUGACAAUUUUGACACUUCGUUUGGACGAAACUCCAAAGUGGACGGGAUAAUUUUUUUCUUCUAUUUCGGGUUCCCGGACCAUUUGGUUCACUUCCGUCCUUCUGUGGAAAAAGACAACUUUUGGGCAACUUUUUUUGAUCAAACUUCUCGGUCGGCUAUCUCGGCUCCCAGAGAGAAGUCCGUCGAAUCGCGCUGUGCGGGUUUGAAGAUUUUAUUGACCGUUAGCCAAAGCCGUCAGACCGUUCUGACUUUGAGUUCACACUCAAGUAUUACGCCGAUAAAAUUUUCGGUUCAUAAAAUACCUUGUCCUUUAAUACAACGUGCCAAAAACAGGGUUAUGCCAGUUGUUCGGAGACGCCGCCAUCUGCAGCCAGUGGGACUUUUGAAGACUUUUCCAAAAAAAAUCUUGAUUGUUGAACUUCCUACAACUAUUGAAACGUACUUGCUAGAUUCCUGAACAGGUGGUAUUUUAUAUAGGUCAGCUCUGACGAAACGCCGAGGGAGCGGCAGUAGGUAUCUUUAUUAAUUCAGCCCUUUUAGGGUCAUUUUUAGAAUGUGGGGUGGGGCGUGGUCGCUUAGAAUUUUUGGUUUUUUGUUGCAAGUAGAUAAUGCCACAAACGUCUAACUGGGUACAGUACAGGGUGUUUCAAGAAAUUUGGAACAAAUAAUUUGCUUAUAUCUUUUUUUUCUUUGCAGCUAUCAACGAAUUUCUUUUUGCUUCUAAAAAUUGACAGCGUGCGUUUUUAGAAUCUCAAAAAAAAAUUUUUUCGUCGGCGGAGGGCCCAUUUCUCGGCGGAGAAAAUUAGGGCCUUUUUUAAAAAUCACAGCGUAUUACGUGGCGGAAACGCCGUUGCAAUGGCUGAAAUCAAGUUUACGUUACACCUCCGUCGAUUUUACGGUAUGCAUUUUUUUGUUUUCGAUUUUACGCGCACCGCGGAGGCGCGGCGGAGACUUCAGAUUUUGGCGGACGUUGUUUUGGGCCUUUGGCUGUUGCAAUUCAUGUUGGAAAAGAGUUUGGGGUGAUUUUUUGUUGUCAUCCGAUGCACAGAUGGCAAAAAUUUCGUGCUUUUUUUCGCCGGCGGAGGAUUCGGCGGAGGCUUUAUCAAAGGGUUAAAGCAGUCUUACGAGUCCGGGAAAAAUCUCAGCUACAAGAAUCCAUCAGAGCAGCAUUGUCUGUCAAAGAUUUUUGAUUUUUUUGGUCCGGCGGACAAAUCGGCGGAGUUUUGUUUUUACCCUUUGAUAAAGCCUCCGCCGACUCCUCCGCCGGGGAUAAAAAGCACGAAAUUUUUGCCAUCUGUGCAUCGGAUGACAACAAAAAAUCACCCAAACCUCCUUUUCCAACAUGAAUUGCAAAAACCAAAGGCCCAAAACAACGUCCGCCGAAAUCUGAGGUCUGCGCCGCGCAUCCGCGGAAGUGCGUAAAAUCGAAAACGCAAAAAAAGCAUACCGUAAAAUCGAUGGAGGUAUUACGUAAACUUGAUUUCAGCCGUUGCAACGGCGUUUCCGCCACGUAAUACGCUGUGAUUUUUAAAAAAGGCCCUAAUUUUCUCCGCCGAGAAAUGGGCCCUCCGCCGACGAAAAAAAAUUUUUUUUGAGAUUCUAAAAACGCACGCUGUCAAUUUUUAGAAGCAAAAAGAAAUUCGUUAAUAGGUGCAAAGAACGCAAAAAUAUAAGCAAAUCAUUUGUUCCAAAUUUCUUGAAACACCCUGUAUAUGUACGGAAAUGACCUUUGUCUCAAAUUUUGUUGCAAUUUACGUUAAAAAAGGUUGUUUUUACUUUUCAGAUGGCCACGAACUGUGUGGACGCGGUGAAUCAAGCCGUGAUACAAUCGGUGUCUUUUUCGGCCAUGCUGGCCAAUUUAGUUUUACUUUGGUUGAUACGAAAUCACACGCCGAACCCGAUGAGUAGCUACAAAAAAGUUUUGUACACCUCAUCCGUCAUCGAUCUGCUCUCUUCGCUCUCUCAUUUCUGUAUAAUUCUGGUGAGUUUGGACGGACUUGGCAUGCGAGGGCCCAGAUACUGUAUUGAGGGGUCGGUGGCUGGGCCGAUGUGUGCGUAUGGGUCUGUCGGGAUAAUAAUGUGGAUUGGUCGCUGAAAAAAAAGAGCAAUAAUGGGACGAUUCCGAGGCGCGACAAAUCCACUUUAUUUUCGCUGUACUAGUGGCGCCAUAAAGCCCGUAGAGUUUUUUCGGCGACGUCGCGGAGUGCGCCCCACUCCUUUUUUUAUAAACCUUUCUCAUGCCAUCUUUUUUCAGCGCACCGAAAUAGAAAAUGGAAUCACCGUCAACAGCUUCGACGGGUUUCUUCCCCGACUCCUCCACAAAAUGGGCCUUGUGGACGAUGCAAACUUGGCAUAUCUUGUGUUGGUCGAACUCGCCUUUGAAUACAUCAUGUUAGGCUUUUGUUUUGUGCCCUUCACUUACCGCUAUUUUCAUAUGGUGUGGAAAAUCCGGUUUACAAAUGCAACAUUUGCUUUACUGAUGUCGAUUUAUGUAAUCCCGAUCGGCCUUUUCGCGUUUAUAGUUGCGUACUUGGCCGGGAAUACGUACUCCCACAUGACGCAAUUGGUAUCUCCAGCUGAUCCGAAUUGCGUGAAGCGUAUGCCGUACUAUGAUUACAAGAGUUAUCCGGUGGAGGUAAGGUCGAAUAAAAAACUAGAGGGAAGGGGCUUGAAGUCGUAUUUUACUUUUAUUUUUAGCCCUACUUGACCAUUUGGUCCUUCGUCAAAUUCCCCAUGCUCGAGAUAAUGGUAGCUCCAUUAUUUCAAGUUUUUUUUAUCUGGCGGAUCUACGAGUACUUGAACAAGGAUGUACGAAAAUCCGAUUCCUACCUCAUGAUGCAACGGCAAAUCACUUGGACGUUGACGGGCCAAUCCGUAACGCCCUUAAUCCUCAUCACCGUUCCACAAUUCUUGCUGGUCUAUAUCUAUGAUGCCGGCGUCAACAUGGACCCGUCGCUUCGCACUGCGGGUGGGGUCAAGUUUUUCUCAUGGGGGUGGUGAAGUCUUGUCAAUGAGGCAGCCUUUAGUUAAGCGUGGCAUUUCAGGAGAUUUUUGUGUUAAUGCGACCGUACUCGUUAUAAAAGCCCAUUGGCAUUAACAUUAGGGGGGAGACUUGACCAACCCAUGAGGAAAACUUGACCCGAUUUGCAGUGCUUCGCGUUCUUAACACUUCCUUGGCCAUGGUUCCGCUGACCAAUUCACUGUCGACAAUUCUGCUGAUCAAGAGUUUCCGGACUACUGUAAUGCACGCGGUCUUAAGACGUGUUGGUGUGAAGCAAAGAGACUCCAUGUGGUUGAGAACGGGCUCGCUGUCAUUUAGUGGGAGCGUGCGAUAA